UUUUGUCGAAAAUACAGGUUACGAGAGUCGCGCCAGGAAAUCAAAGUGGAUAUAAAUUAGACACACGUCUUCAUUUUGGACGCAAUCUUCGCUGAUGAUCAACAUCAAAAUGAAGGUUGUUGCAGUGUUUUUCGUUGCUUGCAUAGCCAUCGCUGUGGGAUCUGAUGUUGUGAUUUACGACUCGACCUCUCAGCCUAAAUGCACGCUGGUUGGACCACGUACAAGGAGAAACGACUGUCGCUGGCAUGCAGGUCUAGACAUGGCGGACCAAAUCAUUGAGGGAGGUCGCAUCAUCGCUUACAAGAUCCAGUGGUUUGCCGGAGGGUGGUCUGACUGGUUCGUUCCUGGCUUGAACGACCUUGACAUUAAGUUCAACAUUCUCGCCUCGCCUUGCACCCCUCCAGUCAAGGCCAAAUCGCUGAGAAGAUGGUGGUCAUAUUUCUACGACCACAAUCACCAGUUCAUCAUUUGUAAGCCGAAUUAACAUGAAGAUCGCGCAAAAAAUACAAGUCAAAUUUGUUUUUAUACUUGAACUUUUAAAUAAUCCUGUAUUCCAUCAUCCGCAUGUGUUUUCCAAUAUUUAGUGUGAGCCUUAUUUAUUUCACUCAACAAAUGUAUUGAAAUGAUAUAUUAUAUCAUUGUUGAUGUCAAAGUUACUGAUAUGUACGCCAAUAAAAAUGAUUUUACGGUAAUAAAGAAAUCUAAACAU